AAAAAUAGAAGACAACGAUGAUAUUGCUGGCUAACUGUUGGCUAACUUGGCAUUGCUCCUGUUCGCUGAGUUGUUGUCUGCUACGAAAUGAGUGUUGGACUUAGAUCAGCUGUUGACUGAGUUAGUGUCUACCAAAGGUUAGAGAUACUCAAUACGAUGGGUGGUGGAGGAGCCCCUUAUAAAGUUCCAGACUGGAGAAUUUACAAAGUAGAAAAUGCUCCUGAAUUGGUAAAUGUCCAGCGGGCUCUAGCAUCCCAUGGAUUGAAAGAUCCUUGGCUAAGGAAUGAGGUAUGGAGGUUUGAUCGCACACAGUUUGGGACCCAUGGUCAGCGUUUAAGGUUGGUGUUAUUCAGAGGAUUCAAGUGGGGACUGGCGUUAGCUUUGGCAACAGUAGCAGUUGAACGAGCAUUAGGUGGAGGUGCCCAUGGCCAUGGCCAUGGCCAUGAAGAACAUCAUUGAGGAUAAUAUUCAAUUUACAGUUGUCUCCAUUUGUAAAUAGUCUAUGUAAAAACACUUAAACAUUGAGGAUAAAUAUUGAUUUGACAUAAAACUGUCUUAUGUAGUUCUUUUUGUAAGAUUAUUAUGGCAUGUGUAUCAGUUGUAAUACAUUAUUUAAUAAAUUAAUGAUUAAUAGAAAGUGAA